CGGCGCUGUGAUUGGCCGGCGGGGCGUGCGGCGUGGCGCGGCGCCUACUUCCGGUCGGCGGAGGAGGCUGAGGAGAACCGGGCGGCGGCGGCGGCGGCGGCUACCGGUGCGUCUGACCCACCAUGAGCAUCGCUCAGCUCCUCCUGUGCCUGUCUCUCUCCAUGCUCUGCAUCUCGAGCAAGCCCACCGAGAAGAAGGACCGGGUUCACCACGACCCCCAGCUCAGCGACAAGGUCCACGACGACGCCCAGAACUUCGACUACGACCACGACGCUUUCCUCGGCGCCGACGAGGCCAAAACCUUCGAUCAGCUCACGCCGGAGGAGAGCAAGGAGAGACUCGGAAUGAUUGUAGAUAAGAUAGACACGGAUAAGGAUGGGUUUGUGACGGAGGGGGAGCUGAAAGCCUGGAUUAAGAAGGCCCAGAAGAAAUACGUGUAUGACAGUGUCGAACGCCAGUGGCAGGAGUUUGACAUGAAUCAAGAUGGAUUUAUCUCCUGGGAUGAGUACAGAAACGUGACAUAUGGCACUUACCUCGAUGACCCGGACCCCGACGACGGAUUUAAUUAUAAGCAAAUGAUGGUGCGAGAUGAACGCCGCUUCAAGAUGGCUGACAAGGACGGAGACUUGACCGCCACCAAGGAAGAGUUCACCGCCUUCCUGCACCCGGAGGAGUACGAUUACAUGAAGGAUAUCGUCGUGCAGGAAACCAUGGAGGACAUCGACAAGAACGGGGACGGUUUCAUCGACCUGGAGGAGUACAUAGGUGACAUGUACAGCCACGACGGGGACGCCGACGAGCCCGAGUGGGUGAAAACGGAGCGGGAGCAAUUCGUGGAAUUCCGAGACAAAAACCGCGACGGCAAAAUGGACAAGGAGGAAACCAAGGACUGGAUCCUCCCUUCGGAUUACGAUCACGCCGAGGCGGAAGCGCGGCACCUCGUCUACGAAUCCGACCAGGACAAGGACGGCAAGCUGACCAAAGAGGAGAUCGUGGACAAGUACGACUUGUUCGUGGGGAGCCAGGCCACGGACUUCGGGGAGGCCUUGGUGCGGCACGACGAGUUCUGAGAAGCCGCCCGGAAAGAGCCGGUUCUUAAAUAAUUUAUUUUUUACAGUUUCUGGGAUUAUCAGAACCAUUUUUCGCUA